AUGUCGAACUCACCGUCAAUUAUGAGGGCGUUCACCAAGCGCCAGAAGCGGCCCAAGGUGUCGGCACCAAUGCCGUUUCGCGAGGGUCAGGUCAGAUUUGCUCCUGGCACGAUUGAUCGUUCACAAAUCUCCCCAGCAGUCGAACUGCUCUCCUCCACCAACAUUCUCGCAUACACCGCCCCAGAUCUUCCCAUCAACAAACGCCCAAACGCGCUCUCUUCAUCCUCCUCCUCAUCUCGCUCUGCCGAUGACCUCGAUAUCCCAAACUACACCCCUAUCACAUCCCCCGCCACCUCUUCUCGCGAUGAGUCCCCGAUUUCUCCUGAACCAGGCAUUCCCUCCUACUUUGAUUCAAUGAAGCGACCGAAGCCCAGUGCGAGAUCUUCGGCCUCCUCGUCGCAGUCGAAAGAUGGCACGCCCCCUAUUCCGCAGCGAGCGCUAUUGCAUACCAAAUCUCAACCGAACCUUGGACGCGAAGCGCCACCAAAAAUCACCCUCCCUCCAAUCUCUCUCCACAGUUCAGGCGUCUCUCGUGUGAAUCAGGAACCGUACAACACCUUCUCCGAAUCGAGUCAUCCAUUUAUGAGGGAGUUGGAACAGGUUAAUGAAGUCGCGGAAGAGCUCACGCGCGGUAUCCGAGACGAGGACGAAGAGCUUUUGUUACACAAAGGACUAAAAAAGUUUGCAGUGGAGGAUUACAUUUUCGAAAUUCAAGAUCUCUACUUGACUUACUUCGGGGAUGACUUGAGCAGACAACAGCCUGCGAGCGCAGCAUGGAUCUGA